GAAUGGAAUCGCCAGCUGAAGACGUGAAAAAAGAACAUUUAGUUUACCAUACAUACGAGCACUAUGUUCCGAACCAGGACUAUUUAGGAACAGUUUUAGAAGAAUCUGAACCUCCUGGAGUUGAACUGUUAUUCAACUUUGCUGCUUUUAAUAGAUUUGAAAUAUAUUUCCAAAUUCUGGUUUUUAUCCUGCUUCUCAUUUCCAUAUAUGGAUUUUCUCUUCUCCUUCACCAGUGGAAACUUAUGAGAAAAAUCAGGGAUUACAUUCCUGAGUCUAUUCUCCUGCUAAUAGUUGGCGCUCUCCUAGGAUUUCUUGGCAAUCUUCUUUCUGCGCAGGUUUCUCAUCCCUGUUCCAGGUUUCUCAUCCAUGUUUCAGGUUUCUCAUCCUUGUUUCAGGUUUCUCAUCCUUGA